AUGGCGUCCGCGGACAUGGGACGAUGGUCCCUGCGUCAUCUGUUUUUCCUCGUGUGCAUUGUCCUUCCGGCCUGGUCGAGCGCCCUGCGAUUCGAGAUCGAAGCCAACAGCAACCGCAUGAUCGUCGAGCGCUGCAUACACAAUUUCGUGGCCAAGGACCAGCUUGUCGUGGUCACGGCCAUUGUGAGCGGGCAUAAGGGAGAUGGCCAGAUGGUCAAUAUGCGUAUCAAAGACUCCCUCGGCAACGAAUAUGCCCGUCCCAAAGACGUCGUCGGCGAGACCCGCCAAGCUUUCACAUCCGCUGGCGAUACCUCGUUCGACGUCUGCUUCUCCAACGACCUCGUCGGCGGACACGCCAGCGGCAUCCCCUCGCGCAGCAUCGAGCUGGACAUCGACAUCGGAGCGGACGCGCGCGACUGGGACGCCAUCAAGGUGCAGGAGAAGCUGAAGCCGGUGGAGGCGGACCUGCGGCGCAUCGAGGCGAUGGUGGGCGAGAUCGUGACCGAGAUGGACUACAUGCGGCUGCGCGAGCAGAAGCUGCGCGACACCAACGAGAGCACCAACGAGCGCGUCAAGUGGUUUGCCUUUGGCACCAUGGGCAUGCUGCUGGGUCUGGGCGCCUGGCAGGUUGUGUAUCUGAGGGCGUAUUUUAGAUCGAAGCAUCUUAUCUAG